AUGGCGCCCAAAGGCAAGAAGGGAAAGAAGGGCGGCAACGAUGACUGGGAAGCCGAACUUGGAGAGUCCAUCGCCCCCGUCAACGGCAGUGAAGCCCCCGCCGACGAUGCCGCCAACGGCGACGACAAGCAGGACGAGGAUGCCGCCCCCGCUGGCGGUCUCAUGGCCAUGAUGAGCAGACGUCGCGAGAAGAGGAAGAAGCAGGGACUGGGAGAGGACUUUGAAGUUCCCAAGGAAGAAGAGCCUGCCCAAGACGCGACUCCCGCCCCGGCCCCCGUCGAGGCCAACAUGGACGACGAGUUUGCCCUUCCCGAGAAGAAGGGCAAGGGUGGCAAGGGCGCGGCCGCUGCAAAGGCCGCCGCCGGAGCCGAUGACGUUGGCGAGGACGGCCGCAUCUUGACCAAGGCCGAGAAGGAGAAGCUCAAGAAGGAGAGGGAAAAAGCCAGAAAGAAGGAACAGGCUGCCAAGAAGAAGACUACAACUCCCGCACCAAAAGCCGAGCCCGCCAAGCCUGCCCCUGAAGAGAAGAAGAAGAAGGAGGCUGAGCCUGUCCCCGAGGCUCCCGCCGCCGGCAAAAAGGGCAAGAAGCUUCCUCCUCACCUGGCAGCUCUCCAAAAGCAGCAGGAAGAGCUGCGCUUGCGCCGCGAGGCAGAGGAGCGCCAAGCUGCCGAGGAAAAGGCACGCCUUGAGGCAGAGGAGAAGCGAGACGCCGAAGAGGUGAAGCGCCGCGAAGAGGAAAAGGCCCGCAAGAAGCAAAAGGAAAAGGAGAGGAUUGACCAGCUCAAGAAGGAGGGCAAGUUCAUGACCAAGGCCCAGAAGGAGGAGAAGGCUCGCAACGAGCGCAAGCUCCAGCAGAUGCUGGCUGCUGGUAUCAAGAUUGGUCCCCAGGAAGGUGAAGGCGAGGAAAAGAAAAAGAAGGUUGUUUAUGACAACCGGAAGCGUGGCAAGGCAGGCAAGGUCGACGAGGAAAAGGCCCUGGCCGAGGCUGCCGAGCGAGCAAGACUGGAAGUAGAGCGUGUUGCCAAGGAGGCUGAAGAGAAGGCUGCCAAGGAGGCUGCCGAAGCUGAAGCCGCUGCAAAGGCCGCCAAGGCAAAGGAAGAAAGCGACAUUGAAGAUGAUUGGGAGGCUGCAGCCGAAUCGGACAAGGAAGACGUCAAGGACAGCUGGGAUGCCGACUCUGACGAGGAGGGUUCAGAAAAGAAGUCGACAGAGCUGCCCUCCAGGCGAAAGGCCACGGAGGACUCAGAGUCCGAGUCCGAGUCCGAGUCUGAAGAGGAGUCCGAGGAAGAUGAGGAGCAGACCGCCGCACAAGCAGCCGAGGCCCAGCGCAAGAGAGAGGCUGCCGAGCGACGUGAAAAGGCACACCAGGCUGCUCUGGCAGCUCGAUCCGCGGACAACCUCCGAUCGCCCAUUUGCUGUAUUCUUGGUCACGUCGAUACCGGAAAGACCAAGCUUUUGGACAAGAUUCGUCAGACAAACGUCCAGGAGGGCGAAGCUGGUGGUAUUACGCAGCAGAUUGGUGCUACGUACUUUCCUGUCGAUGCCAUCAAGCAAAAGACUCAAGUGGUUAACCGUGAUGAGUCUUUCGAGUUCAAGGUUCCUGGUCUCUUGAUUAUCGAUACCCCUGGUCACGAGUCCUUUUCCAACCUGCGAUCUCGUGGUUCUUCCCUCUGUAACAUUGCCAUUCUGGUCGUCGAUAUCAUGCACGGUCUCGAACCCCAGACUCUCGAGUCCAUGAAGUUGCUGAGAGACAGAAAGACUCCCUUUGUUGUCGCGCUGAACAAGAUUGAUCGUCUGUACGGCUGGAAGAAGGUGGACAACAACGGCUUCCAGGAGAGUUUGGCUUUGCAAAACAAGGGUGUUCAGAACGAGUUCAAGAACCGUCUCGAGCAGACCAAGGUUGCUUUCGCCGAGCAGGGUUUCAACUCUGAGCUCUUUUACGAGAACAAAUCCAUGGCCAAGAACGUUUCCUUGAUCCCCACCUCGGCACACACUGGUGAGGGUAUUCCUGACAUGCUCAAGCUGAUUGUUCAGCUCACCCAGGAGAGAAUGGUUGGCUCUCUCAUGUACUUGUCCGAGGUCCAAGCUACCGUUCUCGAGGUCAAGGCCAUUGAGGGUUUCGGUAUGACCAUUGACGUUAUCUUGUCCAACGGUGUCAUUCGCGAAGGUGAUCGCAUCGUGGUAUGCGGCACAGAGGGUGCUAUAGUCACCAAUAUUCGUGCACUUCUCACGCCUGCGCCGCUCAAGGAACUGCGUGUCAAGUCUCAAUAUGUCCACAACAAGGAGAUCAAGGCUGCCAUGGGUGUCAAGAUCAGCGCUCCUGGUCUCGAUGGUGCUAUUGCUGGUUCUCGACUUUUGGUUGUCGGUCCUGAUGAUGAUGAGGAUGACCUUAUCGAUGAGCUCGAGGGUGAUCUCAACGUGCUCUUUAGCCGUGUCACCAAGACUGGACGUGGUGUCUCGGUGCAGGCCUCGACUCUGGGUUCGCUGGAAGCCUUGCUCGACUUUUUGAAGGACUGCAAGAUCCCCGUGGCAAACGUGGGAAUUGGACCCGUCUUCAAGCGAGAUGUCAUGCAGUGUGGUACCAUGUUGGAGAAGUCGCCCGACUAUGCCGUCAUGCUGUGCUUCGAUGUCAAGGUUGACAAGGAAGCGCAGCAAUAUGCCGAGGACCAAGGCAUCAAGAUCUUUACUGCCGACAUCAUCUACCAUCUCUUUGACAACUUUACCAAGCACAUGGAGGAGCAACUCGAGAAGAAGAAGGAAGAGUCCAAGAUGUUGGCCGUCUUCCCUUGCGUUCUCAACACGGUUGCUGUGUUCAACAAGACCAACCCCAUUGUCAUUGGUGUCGAUGUGAUUGAUGGCAACCUCAAGAUCAACACGCCCAUUGCCGCUGUUCGACAGGGUCCAAAUGGCAAAGAAAUUGUUCCCAUUGGCAGAGUUACAUCCAUUGAGCGUGACCACAAGGCUAUUCCCGUCUGCAAAAAGGGAGCACCCUCGGUCGCCGUGAAGAUUGAAAUGGGCAGCUCUCAGCCCACAUAUGGCCGACACCUUGAAGAGACGGACACACUCUACAGUCAAAUCUCUCGCAAGAGUAUCGACACACUCAAGGAGUUUUACCGCAAGGACAUGACCAACGAUGACUGGCACCUCAUUGUCAAGUUGAAGCCUCUGUUUGACAUUUAA